AUGACGGAAACUCAUGUUAAAGUGUAUUUAUUUUGGGGUGGUGAAGUUGUGUAUGAGCAGUGGUUCGCUAAUGAUAUAAUAAAUGAGUCGGAUAGUGAUAGUCCAUUAGAUCAUGAAGGGACGGACGAUGAUCAAUCGUCUGCUGACGGUGACGAUUCUGAUGAAGAUGUUGCGGCCCCCAGUAAUGUUAGUGUAAAUUAUCAUUCAAAUGUGAUCCCAUAUUUGGAUAAUACAGAAGAAGUAGAACCGGAAGAUUUUGCAUACAUGAGAGAUAACGGGUCUGUUCGAGCUGCACUUUGGAAUUCCAGUAAUCCUAAAGUUAUCAAAUCAGGUAUGUUAUUUCACAACAAGAAGCAAAUGAAAGGUGCGGUGAGACUCUAUAAUAUAGCCCACAAAAAAGAAUAUAAAACAGAUCAAGCCAAAGGUACAUUUUGGAAGGUUAUUUGCAAGCGGCAUGAGGAAGGUUGUAGUUGGAUGAUCCGUUUUUCGUUGAUCGGAAGUGGUAUGUGGAAAGCAGGAAAAAUGAUUGAGCCACAUAAUUGUGAUACGGAUGAUUAUACGAGAGGAUCAUUUCAAUUUGAAUAG